GCGUCGUCGCCCACACGGCGGGCGUCGGUGUUGUCGAGGCCAUGGAGAGACGAGGGGAGGGCGAGGGCCGGGGCGGAGGUUUUCUUCAUGGUGCCUAUGACAAAAGCGACUGGGUGGACAAGGGGACCAACUCGGUGGCCGAAUGGACGAAGGCCGUGCAAGCGGCGUGCAAGGCGCGCGCGUGGGGAGAACGCGGCUUUAA